GGAAUGCCUGAAGAGCAGCCGCCCGCAUCUCCCCUGUGUCCCGCCGUGGGCGAUGCCAACGCUUCCGCCUCGAGCUGUCCCCCGCCGUGGCUCGAGCCCACGUUCACGCCGGCCGCCCGGGCCCGCGUCAUCGUCACCGCGGUGCUCUUCGUGCUGGCGGCGUGCAGCAACGGCGCCGUGCUGGGCAGCCUCCUGCGGAGGACGAGGACGAGGAGGAAGUCGCGCGUGCGGCCGCUGGUGCUCAGCCUGGCGCUGGCCGACCUGCUGGUGACGGUGGCGGUGAUGCCGCUGGACGCCGCGUGGAACGUCACAGUGCAGUGGCGCGCCGGGCGCCUCUCCUGCAAGCUGCUCAACUUCCUCAAGCUCUUCGCCAUGUACGCGGCCGCCCUGGUGCUGGUGGUCAUCAGCCUGGACCGCCACGCCGCUGUCCUGCACCCCUUGGCCAGCAGCCGCCGGCGCAACCAGUGCCUGCUCCGCGCUGCCUGGGCCACCAGUGUCCUGCUGGCGUCGCCCCAGCUUUUCCUUUUCCACUUGCAAACCAUCCCAGGAGUGAACUUCACCCAGUGUGUCACACACGGCAGUUUCCAAGAGCACUGGGAAGAAACCGUCUACAACAUGUUCACCUUCACCACCCUGUACGUCACCCCGUUGAGUGUCAUGAUCAUUUGCUACAUCCGAAUCAUAUGGGAGAUCAGUAAACAGCUGAAGAUCAGCAAAGGUCUGAUAAGAAAUAAAAGCGACCACAUCUCCAAGGCACGCAUGAAGACCCUCAAGAUGACCAUAGUGAUCGUUGCUACCUUCAUCAUCUGCUGGACUCCUUAUUAUCUCUUGGGCUUGUGGUACUGGUUCCAGCCAGACAUGAUCCAAAGGAUGCCAGAGUAUAUCAACCACAGCUUCUUCCUCUUCGGCUUGCUGCACACAUGUACAGACCCCAUCAUUUAUGGGCUGUACACCCCAUCCUUCCGCGAGGAUGUGCAGCUGUGUCUCAGGAGCAUUGAAACGGCGCUUACCCGGCAGCAGAGACACAGACCUGUCCCAAGUUCAGAGAAGAAUGUCAAGGAUGACGGUGUAAAUGGUGGGGUGGCAUCGGGGGGCUCUAACGGGACCACUGUGCACACGGUGUGCUGA